GAAAAGGCACAGAGAGAGAGGGAGAGAGAAGGGAAAACUUGUUUCACAGUGCACCUUUUAUCAUCCAGCACGAAGAAACCCACUUCUCCUUCUUCACUCUUCUGGAUGGAUGAACUCCAUGAGCGCCUUUUAAGGAGUAGAUAAUUCUCCUCCACCUGGAUGUUCUCAUAUGAGCAGAUGAUCAGCGCCGAACGGCCCCCUCCAUUAGCAGCCGUUUGGAGUGGGAGAGAGCCUCCCUCAGCGGCCAUCAUGCCUCUGAGAGCCACUCAGACGCAGCAGCGGCUAAAUGGGAGAAGAACCAGGAGGAUGGAAAGGGCCAACACUGGACAGCGCUCCAAAAAGCUGGCCAUCAUUUCCCGAUCUCUCCUUAUCUGCAGCUCCAGGAGCAGCGAUGACGCCUCUAGCCCAGAAGAUAGGUAUGGAUACGAGAACUGGAAAGAAAGGUACCAAGGAGACCCUCUGGAAGCCAAGGCUGGACAUCUGGAAAUGAAUUUCAGCAGGAGUGUUAGCCUACAGGGAUCCAAGUGGAGUGAGGAUCCCAAGAAGAACUUAAGGAGGUCCUUUUCCAUCAAGGAAAGCAGUUUCUGGAGAAUGUGCAUUGCCACCGGGGAGGAGUGCGGGCCGCUCGGACCUCAAGUGGCUGAUAACGACCUCCAGCCUGGUGACAAUAUAGUCAGUGUGCGAAACGGAGGCCAAUUACACAGGGACACUUAUAUCCACUAUGGCGAGAGGCUGGUCCCGUUUAAUGGGCAGGUUUUAAAUGGCCACACAAAACUUGAGUCAGAGAAACAACCAGCCAUGACAGCUGAUCCCAGAACAGCUAGUGCUGAGGGUUUCAGCUCAUGCGAAAAGAGUGGGCCACUACUUAAUAGUAUUUCAGCAGACUCUGUGACCUACAGGAAAGAAGUAGUUGGAAACAAUGGUAAUUUAAAGAAGCCCAUUAUAGAAGUAACAGAGGUCAAUAAAAGCUGUGAGACGGAAGAUACUGAAGGGACAGCCUGCAAAAGGAAUCGCUCAAACUCUACAAGUGUUCACCCAUACUGGAUUGGAGAUUUGGAUGCCAUCAUUAUGAAGACACCAGGGCUGUUUCCCUGUCAUGUUCCCACUGCCACUGGCAUUUACGGAAACAGGAAGUCUCUUUCUCAACAACUGGAGUUUCCUCCCAGCGUUCCACAGGCUGUGCCAAGGCCUUCUCGUUCACUCAGUUCAGCACAUCUGGUCCAUUCCAGCAGCAGUGUCCAAGCCUUCAUCAUCUGUAAUAUAGUCUUAAUGAAGGCACCUGGCAAGGGUCUAGGUUUCAGUAUAGUGGGAGGCAGGGACAGCAUGUAUGGUCCAAUGGGAAUCUAUGUAAAGACCAUUUUUCCUGGUGGAGCAGCUGCAGCAGAUGGACGUCUGCAGGAAGGAGAUGAGAUUCUGGAGCUGAAUGGAGAAUCUCUGCAUGGUCUUACUCAUGAAGAUGCUUUACAGAAGUUUAAAGUGAGCUCUUCACCAACCUUCAUUCCUGUAUUCAUUUGCAUGCAAGUGAAGAAAGGUCUGCUGACGCUAGUGGUAAGGACCAGGUUGGGUGCUGUAGUUGGCAGUCAGACUCAGGUGGCCCAGCUGUGCCGCUCCAAGUCUCUGAGCUCCACCGCAGGUAUCAGCAGAGCCAGUGAUGAGCUGGCUGACUUCCCCAACUUGGGCACUCACGCCAAGCCCAGAGACCGCAUCAUGAUGGAAUUCACCCUGCAGAAGGAGGUUGGUGUGGGACUUGGCAUUGGGCUGUGCUGCGUUCCGUCUGCUGAAGGUGGACCUGGAAUCUACAUUCACACACUGUCACCAGGUUCAGUGGCACACAUGGAUGGGCGCUUAAGAUGUGGAGAUGAGAUUGUGGAGAUUAAUGACACUGUGGUUUGCAACAUGACACUCAAUGAUGUGUAUACAGUUCUGAGUCAGUGCAGCCCAGGGCCAAUUCAGCUCAUCAUCAGUCGACACCCUGACCCUAAAGUUUCUGAACAGCAGUUGAAUGAGGCCAUUGCCCAGGCAGUAGAGAACAGCAAACUGAAGAGAGACAAGAGUCAUUGGAGUAUGGAGGGUCUGAGGAGGAUGGAGCCAUGUUCCCACAACAGGACAAAGUGUGAGCGCUGUAUGGAGAGAAGCCACAGCCAGAUGAGCUGCAGGCGAGCCCAGAAACCCAUGAUCCGUUCCUGUAGCGAGGGUGCAUACAGCCAGCGCAGUGCCCUAACCAGUGCCAACAUGCUGCCCAUUCCCCCACACCAGAAUGUCACUCGUGUACAUAGCAUGGACGCCUCCAUAACAGCCAACUGUGAGGCUCAGACCAGCAGCAGACCGUCCCCGACAUCAUAUGCGAAUGAUGACUACAAUGUGCCCUACAACUCUCAAAUGAACUUUGUCAGUUAUGAGAGGUUAGAUGGAGGUUUCGGGAGGACAAGGGGUUUUAAGGGUAGGCCUCGUUCUCUACCACGAAGGUACUGUAGACGGCACGGUGUCACCAGUGAAGAGCCACUGACCGACUCGAGUGGCUCUAAUGGAGCUUCACCAGUGAAAGAGGAAGAUCCGUUGCCUUCACAAAGCUGCCAAUUGUUCUGCAGUAUAUACAAGGCUUUGAGAAAGAUCUCAAGGCUUCUGUUUCAGAAAGAAGCGGAUGAGUGUUCAGAAGAAGCUAAAGCAGCACUCUCUGAACCUGUCGCUGCUCAUACAGCUGAAAACAUACACAGGGAGGGCAGACAACACAGAGAGUCUCAGUCUCCCAACAACCCGUGCAGUCCAACCAGGAGAACCAGUCUGAGACGUCAGGACUGUGUGGAGUUGAACUCUGAUCAGCCAGUUGACCCUUGGGUGAGGCUAACAGACAGUCUUGAGAAGCGUCUGAACCAUCGAAAAAUCAUGAGUGACCAUAAUGGGAAUAAUGAGAUAAAUGGCACAGUCUCAGAGACCACAGACCCCAUCUCCAGCUCAAAGCCAGAGGAAACUGCUGAUGUUAAAAAGGGGCCUCCAGUGGCUCCAAAACCUGCUUGGGUACGCCAAAGUCUUAGAAGCAUUAAGUCUGGGAGGUCGCCAGCUGAGGCCUUUAAAAAUCAAUCAAAAAGCCAAGAUACUGGAAAGACCUUUGGAGUUAGUCUGAGGGCUACCUCAUCAGCAGCAAAUCUAUCUUUCAAACAAAAGCUCAGCUCAUUUGAGACCUUUUCUAACACUGAUGGAGCAGAGAGGACAAGCAGAAGAUCGGCUCCAUCCUCAUCGCUUCCUCAGAUGGAAAAAAGUCCAGCUAGGUUUGAGAAAGCUCAGCCUGUAGAGACCAGCAGCACAUGGAAAAGUAGAACCACUGUGAUUAACACACAUGACAGUGACAAACCUUCUUCAGUGAUAGAUUCAGCCACCACCACCAAAGCAUUUCCUGAAGAAGAACAAGCAACCUCAAAAAUAACAGAUUUCCAAAAUGAGACCCCAAAAACAGAUGAUACAACUGCAGCCACAAAACCGACUGAGGGUUCCGCAAGCCCUCCAGUAGAGAUUCCUUCUUCUUUGGAGGAUGAGAAGGAAACAAGUCCUGUUCAGAAAGAUGAAGAGGAAACAAGUGCUGCUCAGAAAGAUGAAGAGGAAACAAGUCCUACUCAAAAAGAUGAGGAGGAAACAAGUCCUGCGCAGAAAGAUGAUAAUGAGGAAACAAGUUCUGCUCAGGAAGGCUUACCCCACAUUGAUCACUGCCCUAGAAGGUCCAGCAGUUCUAAAGAUCCUCCUUCACAAAAUAGAUCUUCAUUGGAGGGCCACGGCAGUCACACUGCAAGCUUAAGAACCAGGAGUCUACCCCUGAACACCACCUCUUUGUCAGAUGCCCAUGGCCAAGGUGGACUGGAAGGGGAAACCCUAGAGAUCAUCCUGUCAUUCAGCAACCAAGUGUCCCAUGCCCUGAUGCGUUCCAUGCAAUCCCUUCCUCAGUCCCCAUGCCUAAAGCUUGGUAACCCAUGGAGUGCGUCAUCUGGAUCCCCUCACCAUAACCCCACAGAGGAAGACAUUUCUCUGUCUGAGACCUUAGUCUCACUGGCACCAGACAGCACUGAGAAGGGCUUCUCUGUAAGCCUGGCUGAGCUGAGAGAGCGCACUAUUGAGAGAGGAGAAGAGAGUGACAAGGCUGAAAGCGCAUCUGAACGACCUCUCACCACACCCUCUGAAGUGUGUGCCCAGUCUGUGAUCUCAGCACUUCCACCUCAGGAGAUCCAGCGGCUGAUCCAGGAGGUCAAGGAUCUUGAUGAGGACACCCUAAAGCAACUGGAAGACAUCCAUGUAGUGAUUCUUCACAAGGAGGAGGGAGUUGGCUUGGGUUUCAGUAUUGCUGGUGGUAUCGAUCAGAACAAAGCAACUACAGUUCACAAAAUCUUUCACCAAGGCUUAGCUGCUCUGGAGGGCACCAUCGAGAAAGGAGACGAGGUGCUGUCUAUCAACGGACAGACAAUGAAGAACGUGAAGCACAGCGAUGCUACAGCAGUACUCCGGCAGGCGCGUGAACUGAAGCAGGCAGUGGUGGUGGUGUGCAAGAAUAAAGAGGCAGAGAGUAGCAUAGAUGCUAGCACUACCGAGGCCAGCUGCGGUACUGACACAGAGCAGAGCUUCACAGUAGAUGAGAGUGGAGACGUCCUGACUCUAGAGUUGGAGAAGAACGCAGGUGGAGUGGGUUUUGGGCUGGAGGGAGGAAAAGGCUCUAUUCAUGGAGACAAACCUUUGGUCAUCAGCAGAAUCUACACAGGCAGUACAGCGGAGCAGAAGGGCCUUCAGGUUGGUGAUGAGCUGCUGCAGGUCCAGGGCUCCACAGUGCAAGGUCUUUCACGUCUCGAGGCUUUGACUGUCCUCAAAGGCCUUCCUGAUGGAUCAUUCACAGCCAUCGUGAGGAGAAAGAACGCUGAACAGAGCUAAAUUCUGAAAGUAUUACCAGAUAGCUUGAAAAGUGUGAAAGUACUGAAUUUUAGGAAACAUAGUCUUAAACACUUUCAGUGGAAAAUCCCACUUAUGCUGGUCAUUUCAUGCAAUUUUAAUAUCAGGAUUAUAUUUACGUAGAUAAGGAUUAUUAUUGAAAAUAUCUUGAUUACAGUAAAACAUAUCUAGUAUGUCCUAUUAUAAGAUUAUAGUAAACCAAUUAUAAGAUUAUUAAACCUAUUUCUAGACAUAUAUGACAAAUUUCAAGCUUGUUUUAUUGGCAAAAUAAAACAAAAUUAUCUGCCAAUAGAAUAAGAAAGACUAAAAGAUUAAGACAAUACAAAAUAUUGAAAUGAGUAAAAAUGUCUACAAGUAGGUUUAAUAAUCUUAUAUUUGUUUUAUUGUAAUCUUAUAAAGGGAAAUACUAGAUCAAUUUGACUAUAUUCAAAAUAUUGUCACUUGCUAAAAUGCAUUUUUUUUGCAGCACUCCAAUGCAUUACAUCAGAUUGCAUGUGGUUAGUGACUGCUGAAGACUGUGCCUUUAAGGAAACAGCAUGCAGAGUUGUGAUUUUGAAGCGACAACCAGGGUUUGCAUAAAACAGCAGAAACAAGGAACGAUACAGGAAGUUGGUGGUCAAGUGUAAUUUUCAUAUUCAAUGUGUCACACUGUCAGAUUUCAGUCUGUCUGGAAAAGCACUUGAUUCAUGAAAAUCUUAUCAGUAUUAAUCUGUGUCCAAAUACGGCCAAUUUUGAUCUUUAAAUAUUAGCUAUUUAGCACAAUUAUUUAAGCAUCUUUGAACAGCCCAUCUGCCCAAGACUCCAAAUUGCAUUUAGAAAUUACAUGUUGACACUAAACCCCAACUAUACCAAUCCACCUACUAUACAUGCUAGAAUUAUUGAUAUUGAUUUUAAUUAACUCCAAAUGAAGAAUUUUUCAGGUUGGUAAAAUGGUACACUCAAAUUUACACCCACUCCGACUAGAUAUGAGUGAUCAUACAUAUAAUCCGGAAAUGAAAUUGAUGAAUAAGGAAAUGGUUGUGUUUCUGCCAAUUACGUUGUGUUAGGCUACGUUCACUGCUUUUUAUCAGCCACUCAGAACACUGGGCUGAUGGACAACUCUGGCAUAACCAGUCAGCCAAUAGGAGACAGUCUGUUACGAGUUUCAGACAUGCCUACAAUAAACCAGCAAAGCUUAUCAGUUCAUUUUCUAAUGGAUACCAAUAUAUCCAUGUGAACGAAGCCAUAUAGUACUGUGCUCACUGAACUACAGGGGAACGAAAAGAGGAAUAUUAUAAGAAAUAAUAAUUUGCUAUGCGUAUCUUCCAGGCUUUAAGAAAUGCCAUGCCAUUUAUCUGUUUUUGUGUCAAUAACUGGUCUAAUCCUAGACUAAGAAAAUGGUCUAUAGAGAAACAACUCUUCUGCAUGAAUUAACCCAAAGCUGAGAUUAAUACAUGUCCAAACACGGUCAAUUUUGAUAUUUGGAUAUCAGCUAUUUGUCUAUUCAAAUGAUUCACAAGCUCUUAUUGGUGUUACUUUUUUAAAUAAAUAAUUGUAAAUAAAGAUUCAGAAGUUUAGCCACGUGAAAACAGCGUAACAGAGUACAGUUUCUUUGUUUGCUGAUGCAUAGAAAUAUUGCCUUUGUACGGUUGUACUAACAUGGUCAGGGAUUCCCGGAAACUUGACUGUACUCAAGUUUGCCUGUUUUGUUAAGAAUUGCACAAACACUGUAGAGUAAGAUAUAUGCAAAAAUAUUUCUAUGGAAUCUAAACAAGUGUAUUUGACCAGAUUCUUAAUGGAGUAGAUUUUGAGCUCACAAUAAUGUCAUGUUUUCACACAUGCUUGCAAGAACCAAAGAUAGGAGACUUUUUAUGGCCUGCCUUUACAUUCGAUGUUUUAUGACCAUAUAGGCUUUGUGCCUGAUUACAAUAAUUGUCAUUUUAUUUAUUUAAGUUCUUAAAAGAAACAGAACAUCCAAUUUUAAUAUAAUUGAAAAAAAAGUUCACAUUAAAGAUCAGAUGCUGUUAAUUUUUUGUCUUUGUACAGAAUAAGUUACUAAUAUAUCAGAAAGCCCUGUUUAUAUUGUUUAAAAUGUCACUGUAUUACUUUUUCCCCCCAAAAAUACCCUAAUAAAAUAAUUAACUACAAA